AUGGGAAACACCAUCUCCUACGACCAAAAGGCCUACGAUCUAGACCUUGGAAAUAAGGGAAGGAUUCGCGGCAUCCAGCUCGACAAAAAAUCACGUCGCUUCGCAGGUGUUCCUUACGCGCUUCCGCCAACCGGCGACAAUCGCUGGCGCAAGCCGAGACAGCUCCCCGCAGAUUACACAUACGGAGAUGGAGCUGGUGGCCCAUUUGAUGCUACCAAGUUCAAAGCAGUCUGCCCCCAGAAAGCUUUCCAUGUCGGAAAAGCUGAGGGAGGUUCCGGGAAAUACAGCGAGGAUUGUCUCUUUGUCAAUAUCUGGACGCCUGUAGGCGACCCAAGGGGAAAGAAGUGGCCUGUGAUGCUAUGGCUUCACGGAGGAUGGUUCCAAAUGGGCGAUCCAUCGCAGGAGCCUGGCAUGGACCCGACCGAGCUGAUUUCAACUGGGGGCCUUAACGCCAUUGUGGUGGCUAUUGGCUACCGUUUGAAUAUCUUCGGCUUUCUUGCUGGUCAAGAUCUCCUAGAGGAUAGCAGAGGUGAUUCGGCAGGAAAUUUCGGUCUUUGGGAUCAGCGCAUGGCUGCUGAAUGGGUUAGGGAACAUAUCUCACUGUUUGGAGGCGACCCAAACAAUAUCACCCUCGCCGGCCGGAGUGCAGGAGCCUACAGCGUGGAAGCGCAGAUGUUAUUUGACUUCCGCAAGCCAGGCCCAAAGACAUCGCUGUUCCGUCGCGUGUUUAUGGACUCGAACGCGAUACCGGCACAGCCGAAAUCAUUGCAGGAUACUCAAGUUCAGUUCGACGAAGUAUGCAAGCAGUUUGAUAUCGAUGAGAGCUUGCCUGCAAAGAAGAAGCUCGAGUCGCUCCGGAAGCUGAGUGUCAGCGAUCUCGUUGCGGUUAUACCAAAACUAAAGCAGCACACAUUUCGUCCAGUCACCGACAAUCUUUUCAUUCACCCAGGGAUGAUUGAGUAUCUUCAGAGCAAGAGCUUUGCCGACGAGUUCAAGUCUAGGCACUACAAACUGCUCAUUGGAGAGGUUGCCAAUGAAGAGACAUUAUAUUCAACGUACAACAGUCCGACAGAUCCAACUAUCGACUCGUUGAAACUUCAAGUCAUGAACUAUUAUGCCCCAGAAGUCACCGACAGAGUAAUUGAUUGUUAUCCUCUGCCGGCUACUCAGGACCUGGAGGCUUGGAAACGCCUCUUUGGAAACAUUGUAUCUGACGGCCAAGUCCGGGCCCCUUCGAGAGCAUUGGCAAAGCACCUCGUGGCGAAUGGAGUUGAUCUCCGGGAUGUGUGGCGUUAUCAGAUUGCCUACCGGUUGUCAUUUAUCGACGAAACGGUGGCUCCCAUGUCGUUUGGAGUGGCCCAUGCUAUGGACAAACCGUUCUGGAAGUGA